AUGUCUUCUUACCAGACUUUCAGGGUCAAGCAAUUCCUAGCCAAGAAACAAAAGCAGAAUUGUCCCAUUCCCCAGCAGAUUGAGAUGAAAACUGGUAAUAAAAUCAGGUAUGACUCCAAGAGGAAAUAUUGGAGAAGAAGCAAGCCAGGUCUAUAA